CUUAUGCAAAUGUUGAUCAUAGAUGUAACACUUCCUUGAGUACAGGUGCGAUGCCCCACCCCUUCACCCCGCCCCGUCAUGUGAUUUAACAAAUAACAUAAAUAUCUUGUAACUUGUAUUUAGUUGCAAUAUGGUUUUUCUUACAUGUGAAAAAUUGAGUAAACUUUUAACAUGAAUGAAUGAAGAAAUGAGAGAAAAAAUAUCGGAUUUCAUUUGGAUAUGGAUAUUUAUUCUUCAACCCAUUGUUGAAGGAGGAAUAUGUUGGCAGUCAAUAUCUAAAACGGGUAAUUGUAGAAAGAUGUUAAUGAUCAACGUUACUAAGGAACAGUGCUGUUCUUUGCAAACAGAACCUAGUGUUGGGUGGUCGCCUCAAUCAAAUCCCUCCUCAGGUCUAAUCUUUUUCUGGGAGUAUCUAUCAUCAAAAGGUGCACCAGUAUGUAGGAAAUGUCAUAACAGCUGUAAAGACGUUAUAUGUCCAAAAGAUAAGAAGUGUCGUAUGAAAAAUGGAAUUCCAAAAUGUGUAUGCAAACCAAAAUGCAGUAGUAUUGAGAGAAGCAAAGGACCCGUAUGUGGGACUGAUAUGACAAAAUACAAGAGUCGUUGUCACCUUUUAAGAUACAACUGUCGGUAUAAUACAGAUAUAAAAAUUGAUUAUUAUGGAAAGUGCAAAGAUUCAUGUCAAUUCGUCAAAUGUCCGGGAGGACGUUUUUGUGUUGAAGAUCAGAAUGGUCUGCCUCACUGUAUCGUUUGCAGCACAGAUUGUUCAUUAGCACACAAAGAACCCGUAUGUGGUAAUAACCUACAGACAUAUGAAAGCGCGUGUCAUCUACGGGCAGAAUUCUGUAGAACUGGAAAUCCAUUACAAAUAGCAUAUCCAGGUCCAUGCAAAGUAAAUGCAACAUGUCCUUCUAUUCGAUGUCCAUAUUUCAUGGAGUGCCUGGUCAACCCAGUAACGAAACAACCUAUAUGUACAAACUGUAGACCUCAGUGUUCACCUUUAUCCGUAGUACCCGUAUGUGGUACGGACGGAAUAUCAUACAAAAAUUACUGUACCAUGAGGAAAAAGUCCUGUGAAAUGAGAGUACUUAUACAAACAAAAUACAGUGGCCGUUGUCAUAAGAAACGGCACGGCUGUAAAGGUUGUAAAAGACAUUUAAAACGACUUUUACGAAGACGACGAAAACAAAGAAGAAAGAAAGGUCAUCACAAAAAACACAAAAAAGUUUCACACUUUAAACAAUUUAAAUCAAAAAUCUAUGGAGGUUAUACCAUAUUUCCUAAUAUGAUGGUCACAACAGAGAAAUAUAAACUUGACAGCUACAAGGAAUUUGGAUGAAACAUGCUUAUUUAUUAGAACAAAUGGCAUAUUUCGUAUAAGAAUGAAUGCGGGUGCGAAUCCUAGUCUGUGAUACAUAUCUAUGUUCAAUAUGAAUCGCUAUUUAUAAAAUCGAGUUUCAGUUUGGUGUCCGUCAAGAAAUUAGUGUUGUACAUUUUUAUAGAAUAUGGUUGUGAAUGCGAUGUUCCGAGUUACAAACGAUUCAGACAAUUAGACCGACCCUGAAACACUGAGCUUAAGAUUUGAGAAUCUGUGAUCGUUAUUAUGUUUCAGUACGUUCGUUAGAAGUAAUUGUGAUCUUUAUGAUUUGUCAAUACGUUCUUUGAGGUAACUGUGAUCGUUAUGAUUUGUCACUACGUUCUUUGAAGUAACUGUGAUCGUUAUGAUUUGUCACUACGUUCUUUGAAGUAACUGUGAUCUUUAUGAUUUGUCACUAUGUUCUUUGAAGUAACUGUGAUCGUUAUGAUUUGUCACUACGUUCUUUGAAGUAACUGUGAUCGUUAUGAUAUAUCACUACGUUCUUUGAAGUAACUGUGAUCGUUAUGAUUUGUCACUACGUUCUUUGAAGUAACUGUGAUCGUUAUGAUUUGUCACAACGUUCUUUGAAGUAACUGUGAUCGUUAUGAUUUGUCACUACGUUCUUUGAAGAAAUAGUGAUUGUUGUCAUGUGUCAACACGUUUUUUUUUGGGAAACUGUGAUUGUUGUCAUGUGUCGGUACGUUCUUUUGAGAAACUGUGAUCGUUGUUAUGUGUCUUUAUGUUCCUUAUUUAUUCCAUUUACAUUGAGAUUAAGUCUCCUUUUCAAUUAAAGAACAAAAAUACCAAA